UGAACAUGAAUAUUGAGUGUUAUUGCCGCUUAAAUCAAGUCGAUUUGGGGUUUUCUCUUCUGGGUAAGAUCAUCAAGCUAGGUUAUGAGCCUGACAUUGUAACAUUCACCAAUUUGAUUCAUGGAUUAUGUGCCAUCAAGAAUGGUGUUGAUGCUGUUAAGCUUUUUUACAAAGUUAUUGAUCUGGGUUUACAGCUGGAUUUAUAUACUUAUAGAGCUUUAAUUAAGUGUUUGUUUAAAACCGGGCGAAAUGCUGAUGCAUUGAAGUUGCUUAGGAUGAGAAGACUAAUGGGUUGCAAACCCGAUAUUGGGAUAUAUCAUAUGAUUAUGUAUGGCUUUUGUAAGGACAACCUAUUGUCUCAGGCUUCGGAACUAUUCUCUGUAAUGAUCAGUGAUGGUGUCUUGCCUACUGUCACCACUUACAACCUGUUAAUAUGGGGACACGGUAAGUUGGGGCAAUGGGAUGAGGUAUGGAGGUUAUUGCGAGAAAUGAUUGAUGCCGGAAUUUCGCCUAAUAUAUACUUGUAUAAUAUUUUAAUCGGUAGGCUUAGUAAAGAAGUGAGGAUGAAAGAAGUGGAGCGUGUUUUUGAUAUGAUGAUCGAUUCUUGUCAUGUUCCAGACACUGUCACUUACAACUCCCUGAUCGAUGGAUAUUGUAAGGAAGGCUUGAUCGAUAAAGCAAUGCAGACUUUUGACACUAUGCUUGAUAUGGGCUGUACACCUAAUGUUGUAACCUACAACUCCUUAAUCGAUGGAUAUUGUAAGAAGGGUUUGAUCGAUAAAGCAAUGCAGACUUUUGACACUAUGCUUGAUAUGGGUUGUACACCUAAUGUUGUAACCUACACCUCCUUAAUCGAUGGAUAUUGUAAGAAGGGUUUGAUCGAUAAAGCAAUGCAGACUUUUGACACUAUGCUUGAUAUGGGUUGUACACCUAAUGUUGUAACCUACACCUCCUUAAUCGAUGGAUAUUGUAAGAAGGGUUUGAUCGAUAAAGCAACGCAGACUUUUGACACUAUGCUUGAUAUGGGUUGUACACCUGAUGUUGUAACCUACAGCUCCGUGAUCGAUGGAUAUUGUAAGAAGGGUUUGAUCGAUAAAGCAACGCAGACUUUUGACGCUAUGCUUGAUAUGGGUUGUACACCUGAUGUUGUAACCUACAACUCCGUGAUCGAUGGAUAUUGUAAGAAGGGUUUGAUCGAUAAAGCAAUGCAGACUUUUGACACUAUGCUUGAUAUGGGUUGUACACCUAAUGUUGUAACCUACAACUCCUUAAUCGAUGGAUAUUGUAAGAAGGGUUUGAUCGAUAAAGCAAUGCAGACUUUUGACACUAUGCUUGAUAUGGGUUGUACACCUAAUGUUGUAACCUACGGCUCCUUUAUCGAAGGAUAUUGUAAGAAGGGUUUGAUCGAUAAAGCAAUGCAGACUUUUGACACUAUGCUUGAUAUGGGUUGUACACCUGAUGUUGUAACCUACAACUCCUUAAUCGAUGGAUAUUGUAAAAAAGGUUUGAUUGAUAAAGCAAUGCAGACUUUUGACACUAUGCUUGAUAUAGGUUGUACACCUAAUGUUGUAACCUACAGCUCCUUGAUCAAUGGAUAUUGUAAGAAAGGUUUGAUGGAUGAAGCACUGCAGAUUCUGGAUACUAUGCUUAGUAAGGGUUGUGCACCUAAUGUUGUAACCUACAGCUCCUUGAUUAAUGGAUUUUGUAAGCAAAGAGGGAUGGAUGAUGCCAUGCGUCUAUUUAAAGAGAUGUCUAGUAAAAGGCAAACUCCAGAUGCAAUCACUUACACUUAAGGAUUUUGCAAGGUCAAAGAAGUCAGAAUCGCGCUUUCUCUUUUUUGUAAGAUGCAAACUAGUGGUUAUGUUCCUGAUCUUGUCAUUUAUAAUAUUUUGUUACAUGGUCUUUGCAAAGACCAUCAGCCUAAAGAUGCUAUCAAACUCUUCAGGGAAAUGAUUGAUCACAGAAUAGUGCCUAAUACAAGUAUUCAAAAAUACAACCGCCUCAUUAACAGCAUUGAACGAUGCUCAACUUGAUGAUCUGAUGCUAUUUCUCUAGCAAAUUGUCACACUUAAACAUGUAGCUUAGUUUUAUACACAAAAUAAGUUCAGAAGUUCUGUGUAAGGCUGGACUUGUAGCUGAGGCUGGAGGAGUUAAUCUGAAAACUGAAUGCAAUUGGCUGCUUGCAUAGUUGCAUGACUACUAACCAUCAGCAAGAAGGUACUGCAAUUCAACGGCUAGAAAUGGUGGUUCAAAGGGGGUCCGGUGUACUCCUAAGUUCUUCCUUGAUAGGUGACUUGUUGACUUGUUCUGGGUUAUUAACUCCAUCCUCAAUCCAAUAGAUUCCUCGAAUUCAUCUUGGGAUAGAUAUCUAAAUCUCUGAAUUUGAAGUCUUUCAAGGGUGUGGCAGAUGAAGUACCAGUUUAGUAUAUGUGCCAGAAGUUGCAUGGGUAUUCAACUAUUCUCUGCUUGAAAGAACUUUUUAUGUGACUGAUUCAUUUUUUGUCAUCCUCUUUGAACUGAAGCAUUAUGAGUUUCAGGAUAAUUAUAGAUAUACUAGACUGCUCCUUUAAACAUAUUGUGAGAAUAACCUAUAAGCAUCAGCAAUAUACUUAUAUACAUGGUCUGUUUAUUCUGUAUAUACCACCCUUAGCCUUCAGCCUUAGAGUCACAAUCAGUCUACUCAUGCUAAAAUGGCGUCUUCAUCAAUUUCCCUCCAUAGCUAGUACUGCUCGUCUAUUUCGUCUUCAGCCUUAGAGUAGAGAGAUAUAUCAAAUACAAAGUACUCCGUAAUCCGUAUAUACCCAAGAACUCAACCUCAGUACUUCAUGAGUCUUGUAUCAUUUGAAGCAAUACGAAUAGUCGAGUUAACAAACAGUUCUUCGGACAUUGCUAGAAAUAAUCUGGUAAAAUAAAACAAUUUAGGUCAGAGAAAAUUCAAAAUCUCCAGAUUCGCCAUGUCUGUUGAUGGCCUUCUGUGAUCAAUCUUCCAUGGCCAAAACUCUCUCUCUUCCUAUUACUGCCCUUCAUCUUCUUCUCAUCUUCCUCCAUUCCCUCUUAUAAUAAUUAAUUUAUUGAUUAUAUCAACAAUUCUCCCAAUUUCUAGGAAGAAAUCAAAAUCCCUCCAAAUUUUCGCAAUUCUACAAUCUGGGUUUUUCUCAGAACCUUAAAAAAAUCUUACCCAGUUCAUCAAAAAUCAAUUAUCAGUGAAAAAUUGGGGCAAAAACAUGGCUUCUGUAUUGGUUUAUCAUGUGGUGGGUGAUCUGACGGUGGCAAAACCGGAGUUGGUGGAGUUUAUUGAGACGGAGACGGUGGAGGCGGCGAUAAAAGCGAUUGGAGAAUCAACAGAGGGUGGAAUUCCGGUUUGGAGAAGGAAACCUCAAAAGGGUAUGACUGAAUAUAGUGAAAUGAGGUUGCAAAGAUUUGUGGGUAUUCUUAAUUCCUUUGGAUAUUGUGGCUUUUUUGGCAAAAGAUUGGUGUUUGCAGGAUCAGGAGAAAGCUAUGAAAACCCCGGUUCCUGAGGUUGUUGUUCCUAAUAAUUCCCUACUUAAGGAAGUGGAUCCUGCUACAAGGUUUGAAUUUUGAUGUUAUUUGAUUUAGUUUUUCAAGGUUUUAUUGUGAUUGAUUGUUUUAAUGCACCUUCAUUGUGAGAUGUUUUGGUUUUUGAUCCACGUAGGCUUAGGCAACGAUGUAAACGUAAUUUGAUCUUAAGUAGUUGGCAUCCCACUUAUAACUUUGCUCAUUAUGUUUCUUGUUUCAAUCAUUUGUUGGGUUUGAUUUUACUCAUUUAUAGACCAAAUGUGUAGUGUAUACUAGUCACUUAAGGUGGUGAUGUAUAUAUGAUUUGAUCCAAGAUACCAACCCCCAAUGCUUUUAAAGAACUUGAGUACUAUGUACGGAUUAGUUGACAAUUUGACAUCCACUAAUAAAGUAAUAAGU